UUUGAUUCACCAAAAAUUAAAUAAUAAAAAAAACUUAUCGUUGCCCCUCUCCUCGCCCCUCCCUCUCUACACCUUGAUUUUGUCACUUCCUCUCUCCCCGCUCUCGCCGGCGAGUGAAAUUAAAAAAAAGAUUCAAAAUUCAAAAAUCCGCCAUAGAUCUAAAUAUUGUAGAGAGGAAAUAAAAUGUCGGAGGAAGAAAAGUUGUUAAAGGAAGCAAAGAAAUUGCCAUGGGAAGAUCGGUUGUUACACAAGAAUUGGAAAGUUAGAAAUGAAGCCAAUAUCGAUCUGGCUUCUCUCUGCGUCUCGAUUUUCGAUCCGAAAGACUCCAGACUUCGUGAAUUCGCUCCGUUGUUUAGGAAAACGGUUGCGGAUUCGAAUGCGCCGGUGCAGGAAAAAGCGCUUGAUGCUUUGAUUGCUUUUUUGCGUGCUGCUGAUGCGGAUGCUGGAAGGUAUGCGAAAGAAGUGUGUGAUGCGAUUGUGGCUAAGUGUCUUACGGGGAGGCCAAAGACUGUGGAGAAAGCGCAGGCGGCGUUUAUGCUGUGGGUGGAGUUGGAAGCUGUGGAGGCCUUUUUGGAUGCAAUGGAGAAGGCAAUCAAGAACAAAGUUUCCAAAGCGGUGGUGCCUGCAAUAGAUGUCAUGUUUCAAGCCUUAAGUGAAUUUGGAGCCAAAGUUGUGCCCCCAAAGAGGAUUUUGAAGAUGCUUCCAGAAUUGUUUGAUCACCAGGAUCAAAAUGUUCGUGCAUCAUCUAAAGGACUUACUCUUGAACUUUGUCGGUGGAUUGGAAAAGACCCUGUUAAAUCAAUUCUGUUGGAGAAGAUGCGAGAUACAAUGAAAAAAGAAUUGGAGGCUGAGCUUGUUAAUGUUACAGGAACAGCUAAGCCAUCCCGCAAGAUUAGAUCUGAGCAAGACAAGGAGCCAGAGCCAGAAGGAGUAUCAGAAGUUGCGGGUCCUGGUCAGUCCGAAGAAGUUGCACCUGAUGCUCCUCAAGAAAUAGAUGAGUAUGAUCUUAUGGACCCUGUUGAUAUUUUAUCACCCUUGGAAAAAUCUGGAUUUUGGGAUGGAGUGAAAGCUACCAAAUGGUCAGAAAGAAAGGAGGCUGUUGCAGAGCUGACGAAGCUUGCUUCCACAAAGAGGAUAGCACCUGGUGAUUUCUCUGAAGUUUGUCGGACAUUGAAGAAGCUUAUUACAGAUGUGAACAUCGCUGUUGCAGUUGAAGCCAUACAAGCUAUUGGAAACCUUGCGCGUGGUCUAAGAUCCCAUUUUUCUGGCAGCUCUCGGUUCUUAUUGCCUGUUUUGCUUGAAAAACUGAAAGAGAAAAAACCUACUCUGACAGAGUCACUUACACAAACUCUCCAAGCAAUGCAUAAGGCUGGAUGCUCAAAUCUUGCUGACAUUGUUGAAGAUGUCAAAACAGCAGUGAAAAAUAAAGUUCCUCUUGUGCGCUCAUUAACUCUAAACUGGGUGACAUUUUGUAUUGAAACCAGUAAUAAAGCUGUUAUUCUGAAGGUGCAUAAGGAUUAUGUCCCUAUCUGUAUGGAGAGCCUCAAUGAUGGGACUCCUGAUGUGAGGGAUUCUGCCUUUUCAGUGUUAGCGGCAGUAGCUAAGAUGGUUGGCAUGAGGCCUUUGGAGAGGUCACUGGAGAAACUUGAUGAUGUGAGAAGAAAGAAGCUGUCCGAAAUGAUAGCAGGUUCUGGGGAUGGUGUGGCAGCUGUGGCAACCUCAGGUACUGUCCAAACUGCUCGUGGAAGUAUGUCUUCUGUAGAGACAUCAGAAAGCUCAUUUGUUAAGAAGUCAGCGGCAAGCAUGCUUUCUGGGAAGAGGCCUGCUCCAGCAGCUCCUGCUAACAAAAAGGCGGCACCUACAAAAUCAGGGGCCAGCAAGAAAGUUGAUGGAGCUGGGCGACCAGAAACUUCACGAGCACUUGAACCACCUGAAGAUGUUGAGCCAGCAGAGAUGAGUCUUGAAGAAAUUGAAACCAGAUUAGGCUCUCUCAUUCAAGCAGAUACCAUUUCUCAACUGAAGAGUGCAGUAUGGAAAGAGCGGCUGGAAGCAAUAUCUUCAUUGAAAGAACAAGUGGAGGGGUUGCAGAACUGUAAUCAAUCUGUGGAGAUUUUGAUUCGUUUACUCUGUGCUAUUCCUGGCUGGAAUGAGAAAAAUGUUCAGGUUCAGCAACAGUUCAUUGAAGUCAUUACUUACCUAGCUUCAACUGCAUCAAAAUUUCCAAAGAAAUGUGUAGUGCUCUGCCUUCUAGGUAUUAGUGAACGGGUAGCGGAUAUUAAAACCAGAGCUUAUGCUAUGAAGUGCCUUACUACUUUCACGGAAGCAGUAGGUCCAGGAUUCGUUUUUGACCGACUUUACAAAAUUAUGAAAGAGCACAAGAAUCCAAAGGUUCUUAGUGAGGGAAUACUCUGGAUGGUUUUGGCAAUUGAUGACUUUGGUGUGUCACAUUUGAAGCUUAAGGAUUUAAUUGACUUCUGUAAAGAUACUGGGCUACAGUCCAGUGUAGCUGCUAGCAGAAAUGCAACUAUCAAACUUUUGGGUGCCUUACAUAAGUUUGUUGGUCCAGAUAUUAAAGGUUUUCUGGCUGAUGUCAAACCUGCACUGCUCAGUGCACUUGAUGCGGAGUAUGAAAAAAAUCCUUUUGAGGGUGCUUCUGCUAUUCCAAAGAAAACAGUUAGGACGUCAGAGUCCAUGACUUGUGUUUCUGGUGGUGGGCUGGAUAGCCUGCCACGUGAAGAUAUUAGUGGAAAGGUAACACCUACUCUGAUCAAGAGCUUGGAAAGUCCUGAUUGGAAGGUUCGACUUGAGUCAAUUGAAGCUGUCAAUAAAAUUUUGGAGGAGGCUAAUAAACGCAUUCAACCAAAUGGAACUGGUGAAUUAUUUGGUGCCCUUAGAGGGCGUCUGUAUGACAGCAAUAAAAAUCUAAUCAUGACAGCUUUGACUACCAUUGGUGGUGUUGCUUCUGCUAUGGGACCAGCUGUCGAGAAGUCAAGCAAGGGUGUUCUGUCAGAUAUUUUGAAAUGUCUUGGGGACAAUAAGAAACAUAUGAGGGAAUGUGCUCUGAAUACAUUAGAUUCUUGGGUUGCUGCUGUUCAUCUUGAUAAAAUGAUUCCUUACAUCACAGCUGCUUUAUUUGAAAGUAAGCUUGGUGCUGAAGGCCGCAAGGACCUUUUUGAUUGGCUUUCAAAGCAACUUUCUGGAUUAAGCGAGUUUCCUGAUGCCAUACAUUUGCUGAAACCUGCUGGCUCUGCUAUGACGGAUAAAUCAGCAGAUGUUCGAAAAGCAGCUGAAGCAUGCAUCUCUGAGAUUUUGAGAGUGUGUGGACAAGAAAUGAUUGAGAGGAAUCUGAAAGAUAUUCAUGGGCCAGCCUUAGCUCUCGUUCUCGAACGUGUGAGGCCUGCUAGUGUUUAUCAAGAGUCAUUUGAAUCAACAAAAACAAUUUCAAUGGGUCCAUCAUCCAAAACAAGCUCAAAGGUUGGGAAAGCUGCUUCCAAUGGCAUAUCAAAGCAUUCAAAUAGAUCUAUAUCUUCGAGAGUCAUACCAACAAAAGGGUCAAAGCCAGAGCCAGCGAUGUCUAUUCAGGACAGAGCUGUUCAGUCUCAAGCAUUAUUGAAUGUCAAGGACUCAAACAAGGAGGAUAGGGAAAGAAUGGUAGUCCGAAGGUUUAAGUUUGAAGAGCCACGGAUGGAACAAAUUCAAGAUCUUGAGGGUGAUAUGAUGAAGUACUUAAGAGAGGAUCUGAACAGGAGGCUUUUAAGUCUGGAUUUUAAGAAACAAGUUGAUGGGCUAGAGAUGUUACAAAAGGCCCUUCCAUCCAUUGGAAAUGAAAUAAUUGAAGUUCUGGACAUACUCUUGAAGUGGUUUGUUUUGCAGUUUUGUAAAUCUAACACAACGUGCCUGUUAAAGGUUUUGGAAUUCCUCCCUGCACUUUUUGACUUGCUCCGGGAUGAGGCCUACACUUUGAGUGAAUCAGAAGCAGCUAUAUUUCUUCCAUGCUUGAUUGAAAAGUUGGGGCAUAACAUUGAGAAAGUGCGGGAAAAAAUGCGUGAGCUAGCCAAACAAAUUUUGCAUGCGUAUUCAGCAACAAAAUCUUUCCCGUACAUUCUGGAGGGUUUGCGCUCUAAGAACAACCGUACUCGGAUAGAGUGUGCAGAUCUAGUUGGUUUCUUGAUUGAUCAGCACGGGGCUGAGAUAAGUGGACAGUUAAAGUCAUUGCAAAUUGUUGCAAGCUUGACUGCAGAACGUGAUGGUGAAAUUAGAAAAGCUGCAUUAAAUGCUCUGGCUACUGGUUAUAAGAUUCUUGGUGAGGACAUUUGGAGAUAUCUUGGGAAGCUAACAGAUGCUCAGAAAAGCAUGAUUGAUGAUAGAUUUAAGUGGAAGGUUCGAGAGAUGGAAAAAAGGAAAGAAGGUCGCCCUGGUGAUGCUAGAGCUGCUUUAAGGCGCUCUGUUCGGGAAAAUGGGUCUGAUAUAGCAGAACAGAGUGGGGAAGUUUCACAAUCAGUCUCUGGCCCUAUAUUAGCCAGGAAAAACUUUGGUACUCAGGAGCUUCAGGUGGAGAGACAUAUAAUGCCCCGUGCACUCACUAGUGCCAGUGGCCCCACGGACUGGAAUGAAGCUCUGGACAUCAUUUCUUUUAGUUCCCCAGAGCAGUCAGUUGAAGGCAUGAAAGUUGUUUGCCAUGAGCUGGCACAGGCUACCAGUGAUGAAGAAGGAAGUGUGAUGGAUGAACUAGUGAAAGAUGCAGAUAGACUUGUUUCAUGCUUGGCAAACAAGGUAGCAAGGACAUUUGACUUCAGUUUGACUGGAGCAUCAUCACGGUCUUGUAAAUAUGUUCUUAACACACUCAUGCAGACUUUUCAAAAUAAAACACUUGCUCAUGCUGUCAAAGAGAGCACUCUUGACAGUCUGAUAACGGAGCUUCUACUUUGGCUUUUGGAUGAAAGGGUCCCACAUAUGGAUGAUGGCAGCCAACUCCUAAAAGCAUUGAAUGUGCUGAUGCUUAAGAUACUGGAUAAUGCGGAUCGAACAUCAUCCUUUGAUGUCUUGAUUAAUCUGUUGCGACCUUUGGAUCCCAGCAGGUGGCCUUCACCUGCAUCAACUGAGACCUUUGCCAUAAGGAACCAGAAGUUCUCUGAUCUUGUUGUAAAAUGCCUCAUCAAACUUACAAAGGUUCUUCAAAGCACUAUAUAUGAUGUUGAUCUUGACCGCAUCCUUCGGAGCAUCCAUAUUUACCUCCAAGAAUUGGGAAUGGAAGAAAUCAGGAGAAGAGCGGGAGCGGAUGACAAGCCUUUGCGUAUGGUGAAAACUGUUCUCCAUGAACUUGUUAAGCUCCGUGGAGGUUCCAUAAAGGGUCACCUAUCCAUGGUUCCUAUUGACAUGAAACCUCAGCCAAUUAUUCUUGCCUACAUUGAUCUUAAUCUUGAGACUUUAGCUGCAGCAAGAAUGUUGACCUCAACAGCCCCCGUGGGCCAAAAUCAUUGGGGUGAUUCUGCAGCCAACAAUUCAUCACCUGCCACGCAUUCUGCCGAGGCUCAGUUGAAGCAAGAACUCGCUGCCAUAUUCAAGAAAAUUGGUGACAAACAAACCUGCACCAUUGGUUUAUAUGAGCUCUAUCGCAUUACUCAGUUAUAUCCCAAGGUUGAUAUAUUUGCUCAGCUCCAAAAUGCUAGCGAGGCAUUUCGCACUUACAUUAGAGAUGGUCUAGCUCAGAUGGAGAAGAAUACUGCUGCUGGAAGGACGCCUUCUAGUUUGCCUAUGUCAACCCCCCCUCCAUCCGCUCCAAAUGUUUCUUCCCCUGAUUUGCAGCCUCUUUCCCCUGUUCAUACAAACUCCUUAAAUGAUUCAAAACCUUUACAUGCUAAACCAGAAGCGACAAACUUUCAUCUACCUCCCUCAUAUUCUGAAGAUGGUGCCAUUUUAUCUAGAGGUUUUGUCUCGGAGAAUUCUUUGGGUGACCAAAGAAAUGAGAAGCUUAUUAGUGGAGUAACCAGCGGGACAUUAGAUGCAAUUAGGGAAAGGAUGAAGAGUAUGCAGUUAGCUGCCACUGCUGGGCUUCCUGAUUCAGGAAGCAGGCCACUGAUGUCUGUGAAUGAUAAUUUAAAUAAUGGACUUUCUAGUCUGAUUCUUCAUGCGCCAGACUCUGCAGGCAUGGAGAAUCCUGUGCUUGGCGGGGUUCUUCCUUUGGAUGAGAAGGCGUUGUCUGGGCUUCAAGCCCGGAUGGAGAGACUUAAAAGUGGAUCUCUUGAACCUCUGUAGAUAAGUAAAAUGAGUUGAGCUGAGAUUCUCUUCUGCGUAUUUUUGUAUGUCCGAGCUAUAAGAUUCUGUUCGACGGGGAGUUCCAUCGCCAUUUAAUCGGAGCUACUGCUGGUAGAUUAUCAUGUAGAGCUGGGUGUCCAUCGAGCAACCAGCGGGGAGUUUGUUCUCCCUGUAUUGGAUUUUUGAAGUGUCACUCUCUGGGCAGACAGUGGAGUGGUUUGUUGUUAUCUAGGUUGCUUUUGUCGCUGGCAUAUGUAUAUUGUAGGUUAAUUUUUUGGCAUAUUUGUUUGAUUUCUUUCAAUUAAUACAAUUGUAUACCGAUUUCGGAUCUGUUGUAUACAAAUUAUGGAUUGGAGCAUGGAAAUGUCCACGUUGCAUGUUAAUAUUCAAUUUCAAUUUUGCAUUGCUCGUCAAAGAAA